AUGGCCUCAUCAUCUCCGUACGACAAGUUCAUGACAAUGAUGAGCAACUGGCACGACGAUAACCCAUGGGCAUUCGCAACGAAUCAGCGGGAAAUCGCCAAUAACUGCACGUACGGUACGCUUCAAGCAUUCUAUCUAGCAAGGCAGAAACUACCAAGGCAAACAAUUUUGAGUUCGUGGAAAGCAGCAGUUACCCCACCCGCUAGGCUUGUUCUAAGCAACGCUCGCAUCGUUUAUGCCGAUAACAGUAGACAGCUAACCUUCGCAAGCUGGGCUCCGUCUUCACCAGAGGACUGCUUGAGCGAUAUAGUCAAAAUACUCUGCAAGCAUCCCAUCGAAGGAGAACCAGAUGAAGGCAUUAUGAAUCCCAGUAAGUUAGCGACACCUGGAGUUUUUACCUCGUGGUCCAUGAAGCAUCAACAGCAUAAAUGCUCAUCAGAUGCUAAUCAGUGGGUCUGCAUCAAUAAAAACACCACGGAAUGCUACAUCCCAAACAGCCUGCGCAAAACAUGCGCCAUACGGGAGGUCUCAACUAAGUAUAGCUCCACGUUCAAGACAUGCGGGUGUGGGAACGACGAAACUAUGGAACCCUGCACUGAAAGCGAAGUUAGAAUGCUUUCUUACGACUGGGAAAAUGACUUCAAAGAACGCUUUGAAGGAAAAAGCGGGGCCAUCAUGAUGCGCAACAUGAGGGUUAUGGAGGACUCAGGGUCAACGUUUACGGAUUUUGGAAUCGUAAAUGAUUCAGCAUGUGCCCAGAAAUCAGAAUAUAAGGGCAUCUUCUGCCGAGUUGACGCUGCACCCACGUACGCGGAUCAGACAGAGCUACGCCGAAAUUGCGAUGAGGCGGUGUCUGUCGACAAAAUCAAUGUGACAGACUACCAGUGCGCGUAUGCAUGUUACGAAGCACAAAACAAAUGCGAAAGUAGUGAACCUUCGAAUGUUUCAGCCUGUUUUUCCCUGGCGAAGGACGACGACCCGGUCUUGAGGCAAUGCAGUAUCCCUUUCGAACUGACGGACCAAAUUGAAAAGGAUUCGAAUAUGAUUACUGGCGUUGUGACGUUAACAACCCAGUGGAAAAGCGUGACUUUUUCGUCUAGCGUUUCGCCGCAUCCAGUUAUAUUUACAAGUACGCUGUGCAUUUCUCCAGAAGCUCAACGAUUCAUGGAACCUGGAUCACUGACACUGCCAAAAUUAGCCUUGACAGUUGCCAGCCUUCAAAUGAUAGCAGCUUUGCCUGUCUUCUCUGCAGGCCUCCUAAGGCCACUUAAUACAUUUGGGCAGGUACAAGUUACGGGCGUAUCAGAAACAGGCUUCAUGAUUCGCUUAGCAUUGGACUACUGCAGACUGGGCUACGCGACGGCAUCUGCUGAAGUGAGCUGGAUUGCCAUUUCAGAAGAUAGUUUCACAAUCCCGAACGCUAGUUCAGCGCUCCGCGUCGCUACCACUGUGGUAAAAGUCGGCCAGGAGGUUGAUCUUCUUCCAGGGGUCCAGCUGCACUCUUCAGAUGUGGGUAAAAGCUCUUGGGCUUGUCCGCCGUACCAAGGGGAAUGGGAAAAAUCUCCACAAUUGCUACAGUGA